CGGGAGUGGAUCCGCCGCUCGCCUCACUCUAAUCCCGUCUCUCUGCACGGCUCACACGCUCAGUCGUCCGCCAUGGCGACCGCAGAAAGCCUCCUCCUCCUCCUCCUCUCCUGCACCAUCUGAAAAACUCCUCCGGGAUCCUUCAUUCCUCCUCUUCUCCUCUCUGGACGUGGAUGUGACUUCUUCCCGCAGCUCGGACGCACAAACGCGUGGAUAUAAAAAGAAGAGGAAGAAAAAAAGCCGCAUUUCAGGAGAAGAGUGUUGAAGAUCGCGCAGCCGAGUCCUCCUCUCUCUCGCCCCUGCUCGUGUGCUCCUGAAGGGGAAGUGAUUCAACUUGUUUGAGGAGAUUAGGGAUAAGUCCCGGGAGUAUCUUUGCCCUGUUGUUUCUUGUGAUCCUGUGGAUUUCGAAGGAGGGGGAAACAACUAUCACCCAGUGUGUGUGUGGAGACAUCUACAUUGUGCACUUCUCUGCAGGCCGGGCAGUGAGCAGUGCAGUGUACCAUGGUGGAGCCUGACCCGGAACAAAUGGCGUCUGGAGCCGGGCAGCGUCUCGGAGCCCCAGAGACCCUUGGCAUCAGCACGUUGGACCCCGGGCACAGACCUCCGGCCAUGCCCGCCGGACGACAUGUUACCAUCAGGGUCCGUAUGCUGGACGACACAGAGGAGCUCUUUGACAUCUCGCAAAAAGCCUCGGGCAAAGUGCUGUUUGACCUGGUGUGUUCCCACAUGAACCUCAUCGAGGGCGACUACUUUGGCUUGGAGUUUCAGAACCAUCAAAAGAUGAUGGUUUGGUUGGAUCAUAUCAAGCCCAUUAUCAAGCAGCUCAGACGACCGAAGCACACGAUCCUGAGGUUUGCCGUGAAGUUCUUCCCUCCAGACCACGCACAGCUACUGGAGGAGUUGACAAGGUACCUGUUUGCCCUCCAGAUCAAACAGGACCUUUCCUCUGGACGUCUGACCUGCAACGACAGCAGCGCGGCACUGAUCGUCUCCCACAUUAUCCAGUCUGAGAUUGGGGACUUCGAGGAGAGUCAGUGCCGGUCGCACCUCCUCAACAACAACUACAUCCCAGAUCAAAUGCCCCUGAUCGACAAGAUCAUGGAGUUUCACUCAAAGAAUAUAGGUCACACACCUUCAGAAUCAGAUUAUCAGUUACUAGAAGUUGCGCGUCGGCUGGAGAUGUACGGGAUCCGCCUUCACCCUGCCAAGGAUCGUGAGGGCUCGGGUUUAGGCUUGUCUGUGGGGCACACCGGCGUCCUGGUCAUUCAGGGACACACGAGGAUCAACGCCUUCAACUGGUCUAAAGUCCGUAAACUGAGCUUCAAGAGGAAACGUUUCCUCAUCAAGCUGAGGCCAGAUUUAAAUAGUUCGUACCAGGACACUCUGGAGUUCCUGAUGGCGAGCAGAGACUGUUGUAAAGUCUUCUGGAAGAUCUGUGUCGAGUACCACGCCUUCUUCCGCCUCUUUGAGGAACCGAAGGCCAAACCCAAGCCUGUGCUCUUCACACGAGGCUCCUCCUUCAGAUUCAGCGGUCGCACACAGAAGCAGGUGAUUGAUCAUGUGAGGGAGUCCGAGUUUAAAAAGAUCCCAUUUGAAAGGAAACACAGUCGGGUCCAACACAACAGCCGCCUGUCGCCGCUGCCUUCUCCGCGUCACCAUGAAGUGCCAACAGAAAGGGGUCCUCCUCCCAUGGACAGAGUCGAACCUCCUCCUCAGCGUCACUGGAAAGAGUCGGUGUUGGUUAGCGCAGAAGACGCCUCACGCCCCACCAAGCCGAGCCCCUCCCACCAGACAAACGGCCACGAGGACAGAACGGGGUCGGUGUCCAGGACGGAGGAGACGAGAGGCUCGAUGCGACAGAUCCACCAAGAACCUCUGAGUACAGGGAUUGCUCCCCACCUGUCUGCGUCCUCCGCUCACUCCCACGGCAUGGUCAACGGUCAGAAGUCCCUGGAGCUGUGCGGCCACAGUCCCGACGACCGGCUGCCCUCCCCACUCACCAGUCCGCUGCUCAACGACGCCUGCAGCGUUCGCACCGACGACGAAGACGAGGUUCGGAGGAAGAGGUUUCCAACAGAUCGGGCCUAUUUCAUCGCCAAGGAGCUGCUGACCACAGAGCGAACAUAUCUGAAGGACCUGGAGGUGAUAACUGUGUCUUUUCAGAGUGCAGUGGGUGAAGACGAGGCGACUCCCGACUCUUUGAAGAGCACCGUCCACUCCACCUUCGAGCCUCUGCACAAGUUUCACGCAGGUUUUCUCAAGGAGGUGGAGCAGCGGCUGGCGAUGUGGGAAGGACGCUCCAACGCUCACAUCAAAGGAGACUAUCAGCGCAUUGGAGACGUUAUGUUGAAGAAUCUGCAAGGUUUGAAGCCGCUGACGGCAAACCUGCACAAGCAGUCCGAAGUCCUGUUGGAGCUGGAGAAGGCCAGCAGGGCGUCUCGCAAGUUAGAGGGUCUCUGCAGGGACUUUGAGCUGCAGAAGGUCUGCUACGUCCCCCUGAACGUCUUCAUCCUGCGCCCGCUGCAUCGCCUCGUUCACUACAAGCAGAUCCUGGAGCGCCUGUGCAAACACUACACCGCUACUCACGUGGACUUCAGGGACUGCAGAGCUGCUCUUGCUGAUGUGUCUGAGGUGGUGGAGCUGCUCCAGGGAAGUUUAAUCAAGAUGGAGAACUUCCAGAAGCUUCUGGAGUUGAAGAAGGAUUUGAUUGGCAUUGACAAUCUUGUUGUUCCUGGUCGGGAGUUCAUCAGGUUAGGCUGCCUCAGCAAACUGUCUGGAAAAGGCCUACAGCAACGGAUGUUCUUCCUGUUCAACGAUGUCAUCUUGUACACGAGUCGGGGGAUGACGACGACCAAUCAGUUCAAAGUGCACGGACAGCUGCCGCUACACGGCAUGAAGGUCAGGGAGAGUGAAGACGAGUGGGGCGUUCCUCACGCCUUCACGCUGGUUGGAGAGCGACUGUCGGUGGUGGUGGCCGCAAGUUCAGUGAAGGAGAUGGAGAAGUGGAUGGACGACAUAAAGACGGCGAUAGAAAUGGCACAAAACAGCAACGGGACGUCAUCUGACCUGGUGACCUGCAAUCUGACCGACAACAAAUGCCCUGAGGACUCCCCGGCGGAGGUGGAGUCCGAGGACGACAUGGCCGCCCUGCCGCACGCCGCGCCGGAGAGGCCCACCCCUCACCGUGGUAACACCAUGGUGCACGUGUGCUGGCACAGGAACACCAGUGUGUCCAUGGUGGACUUUAGCAUAGCUGUGGAGAAUCAACUGUCGGGAAAUUUACUGAGGAAGUUCAAGAACAGCAACGGCUGGCAGAAGCUCUGGGUGGUCUUCACCAACUUCAGCCUGUUUUUCUACAAAUCUCACCAGGAUGAUUAUCCACUGGCCAGCCUUCCUCUGCUGGGCUACUCUGUCACCGUCCCCUCAGACACUGAAAACAUUCACAAGGACUACGUCUUCAAACUGCAGUUCAAGUCCCACGUGUAUUACUUCCGAACGGAGAGUGAAUAUACUUUUGACAGGUGGAUGGAGGUCAUCCGCAGCGCCACGGUCCCCUCCAGCCGCGCUCGCUUCCUGAACAACAAGGAGUCUCACCUUCACUGAGUCUCCU